AGUAUAUAAAGCCGAGAAUGUUACCGUAGAAUUGCAUCAUUGACAAAGUUAAUUUCAUCACGUAAACAUUGAAUAACCGAAUUUACUGAAAACAAAAUUUUUUUUCCUCAAAACAAAACAUGUCUUCGACAAGAAUAAUUCGUCAAUUGGUACCGAUUGGUCAAAAUCUUUGCACUCGACGUUUAUGGUUGAUGCCAAAUGUUUUGGCCAAACGUAAUUUUCUUCCAUCAAGACGUGGAUAUGAUCCAUUUGCAGAUAUCCAACGAUCAUUUGAUUCAUUUUUUCGUGAAAUGGAACGAUCAUUUUUCCCGACUGUUUAUCAACUACGAACACCAUUACAUCGUUCGAUUCCGAUGGAAACAAUUGAAGAUGGACAACGAAUAUUUAAAAUUGAAAUCGAUUUACCGGAUUUUAAACCUGAAGAUGUUAAUGUACAAGUAAAAAAAGGUGAAGUAAAAAUCGAUGCAAAAUGUGAAUUGAAUGAAGGCACAACAAAACAAUUCAAACAGAUUAGCUAUUCAUAUUCAUUACCUGAAGAUGUUGAUCUUGAUCGUGUACGAUCAUUGCUUAAAACUGAUGGACGUUUAGUUAUUGAAGCACCAUUACCUGCUUUGGAAUCCGAAAAGAAAGAAAACCGUGAAAUACCAAUCAAACGAAUUGACGAUUGAAAGAAAGAAAAAUGGAAAAAAUCAAAAUCA